GCGGCUGAAACCAUAAAGCCUGGGUGCUGGCACUGUGCAGCUUGGCCCUGCGGCAGACGUGGGCACACAGAGGUGCCAAAGGACAGGGCACCCACUGGAGCUUCUGCGAUGGAGCUGGGGAACGUCCCACAGCCUGCGUAUGGCCCAGGGCCUGUGGCACCAGGAGCCAGCACCCCGGUUUUGGUGGCAAUGGUACACGGCUUCCUGCAGCUGGUGCAGCCCAACGACCUGCCCGUAGAACUGAUCACAGAUUUGGGGCAGCACCAGAGUGAGGAGGACAGCAAGAAGCCAUUUCAGGAGCCUUCAGGGACAUCAGUGUUAUGCUACCUCUCAUUCUUCCUCUCCCAGCUGCUGGUCUAUGAAUUGGGUUUCCUGGUCUGUGCGGCCAUCGGACUCCUCUUCAUCAUCCUGGUGCCCCUGGUGGGAUGCUGCUUCUGCUGCUGCCGCCUCUGCGGGAACUGCGGGGGCCGCAUGUACCAGAAGCAGGGCCGGCAGAUGCGCUGCCGGCGCCGGGCGCUCUGGGCCUCGGCCCUGCUGGUUUCUGCUCUCCUCCUGGCCGGUGACAUCUGUGCCUUCAUCAGCAACACCCGCUUCUCCCAGGCUGUGCAUGGCACCUUCCCUAAUGUCAACAACACCCUGGACAAUGUUCACACCUAUGUGGGCUCCAUCCCCGAGCAAAUCAAUUUCAUCAUUGGCAGCAGUGAUGUCCCUCUGGGCCAUGCCAAUCGCAGCCUGCAGGAAAUUGGACCCAACCUGGGUGGCAUGAUCAUCUCGGACAUCAGGAGCAGCAUGGAUGGGGCUCUGAGAUCCCUCCAGAAUGUCUUGCAUGGGAUGGAGACGCUGGAAGCUGCCUUUGGCAGCAUCGCUGACACUCGCUCACAUCUUGAGGAGCUGCAGAGCAACUACAGCCGGCGGCUGGCCAGCCUGCGGGACAGCCUCAACCAGACCCUGCAGCGCUGCGGCCACCCCUGCGGCAACGUGUCCCUGAACGGCCUCGCCUUCAGCACCAACUUCAGCACGAUCCCCAGUGUGGAGCGGCAGCUGGAGGCACUGGGUGAUGUGUCUGGCUCCAACGUAACAGCCGAGUUAGAGAAGGUUAACAGCACGCUGGCCAUGAUCCCUGAUGAGGUGCAACAGCAGUCCCAGGAUGUGGUGACAAAGACCCAGGACCAGCUGGGCUUCAUCAGGAAGGAGAUCAGGAGUUUGCAGGAGCAGUUGCCAUUCCCGGACGUGGAGGAGAAUGUCAAGGCCUUUGUGGACAAUGCCAUGCUGGUGCUGGAGGAGCACAGGGAGCUAAUCAUUGCCUUGGAUGGGCUCAGGUGGAGUGUGUGUACCCUCCUGUGCUGCAUGGUGCUGCUGGUGGUCCUCUGCAACCUCUUUGGGCUGCUGCUUGGUCCCUCAGGGCUGAAGGAGGAUGUGCUGCCUACACAGCGCAGCAGCCUCUCCAACGCUGGCGGGAACUUCUUCAUGGCAGGGGCUGGCUUCAGCUUCAUCUUCUCCUGGCUGCUGAUGCUGGUAGUAUUGAUCAUCUUCAUGCUGGGGGGGAACAUCUACAUGGUCAUCUGCAAGUCCUGGCACAGCCAGCAGCUCUUCCAGAUCCUAGAUGAGCCUGGACUGAUACCUGGCUUCAACCUGUCAGAGCUGCUGGGCCAGGAGGCUGGUAGCACAAACUUCUCGGAGAUAUACAGGGAGUGCCAGCAAGAUGCUGCCCUGUGGCAAACGCUGCACCUGGACAAAAGUGUGUCCCUGGAUGAACUCUUGAACAUCAGCCAGUACACUGGACAGAUCUCCACAGCCUUUGCGAAGACAAACAUCACCCUGAGCUCCAUCUCCCUGCUCAGCCAGACCCAGAGAGACUUGCUGCAAAAUGCCAGCCGGCAUGGGCUACCCCCCGACUUUAACCUCACCCUGGAUCAGCUGCAUCAGAAUGUCACCAAGGAAAGCCUCUUGGACCUGGCUGCAGAGCUGGAGCAGCUAGCAGAAAAAGAGGGCACAGACAUCAAAGAGAGCCUGAAGGAUAAUGCUAGGGAGCUGAGGAAGGUUAAUGAGGAGCUGCAGAAAAGCUUCUCUGGGCUGCUGAAACACCUGGAGGAAGACAUCUACUCAGUGCAGAGUGUGGCUGUCCACCUCGAGGCACAGACAAAGGACGCACUGGACAAAGCCAAUGAAACCCAGGAGUUCCUGGAUAAGGAGAUGGCAAACAUCAUCAAGAAUGAGACACUGGCUUUUGUGGACCUGCUGCUGGACUUUUUCGAGACCUACGUCUCCUGGGCCAAGAGUGCACUAACAAGAGACGUGGCACGUUGCAAGCCCAUAGCUCAGACUCUGGAUAACACGGAGGCCAUCAUGUGUGACUACCUCCUGGACUCUCUGAAUGCCUUCUGGUUCAGCUUGGGUUGGUGCACCUUCUUCUUGCUGCCCAGCAUCAUCCUGACAGUCAGACUGGCCAAGUUUUACCGCCGCAUGCACAUCGCCGACGUCUACAGGUGAGGAGCUGCCAGCCCCCUGCUACCAUGCUGGGUUUGGGGUCCCCCUGAGCACUUCAAACUGCUCCUUCACGUGCCUCGCUGGUGCCCAUGGAGCUGAUCCUUGUGGCUGUCAGCUUCUAAGGACAGGUGUUUAGGAGAAGAGCCUGGCUCUUCCUGCUCGGCAGUCCUCCUCUGGGCAGCUUGAGUCACAGAAUCCUUUUGGUUGGAAAAGACCUUUAAGAUUGAUCAUUGAGAGUCCAGCUGGUAACCCAGCACUGCCAGGUCACCAUUAAGCCAUGUCCCUCAGCAUCACAUCUAGAUGGUUUUUAAAUGCCUCCAGGGAUGGUGACUCCACACCUUCCCUGGGCAGCCUGUUUCAGGGGUUGUAUGGCAGGGCUGCAGCCCUCAGCCUG